CCCGCCGCAACGACGUUUAUAAACGGAGUUCGUGACUUGACGGAGAAAAAGGAGAUGGAAAUGGAUGGCGAAAACACAUAAGGCAAGAAACUAUAUAAAAACAUCUUUCAAGUUUCAUCUCAAUUAUCAAUUCUGAACUCAAGGCACGGCAUAGAAAGAGACCCCAAACCCUAUCUUUCGCCGUAGUGCUCGUUUUCAGAGCUACAAAGGAAUCCAGAGAAAGUGGUUAAAAAAAGGAGAGAAGAGCAAAGGAAACAAAGAGAGAUAUCUUUGCUGUCAAACGCUCCCUCAUUCUUCUGCACUUCCAUUUUGCUCUCUACGCUAUAUACUACUCACCUUCCGCUCCACACUACCACUACGAUUCUGCCAACUGCCAAAUAUCUCUGACUCCACGCUCUGUAUUCUUUUGUCCAAUGACUUCCGUGGAGAUCAAUCGCGCAAGUUUCCGUUGAUAUAUACACGACAAAAUUGGGUGCUAAAAUUUGAUCCAGUUGCUUUGGUGAAUAGUUAUUCGUUGGCGAAAUUGAACGAAUGCGUCUCCGAUCUUCUGCCGGCCGGGGACGUAAUCUGAGAAGAUCUGAGAAAUUUUCAUCUGCGAGAUACUAAUCGAAGCUGUAAAUUCUCAAUACCUACGUUCGCUUCCGGAUUCAAAGGGAAUUCAGUGUUGCAACGCGGUAACGGAUUUGAAUUCUAUGAGAUUUUAUCUUCGGAAAGACCGGAAAUCAAAAUUGCGUUGAAUUACCGGUAAGGGAAAGGAAAACAGAGACGGAAAAGCGUCAUAAUAUUCAGGUUUUGAUGGAGCUUCCUCAAGCGCGUCCGCUUGGAACCGAAGGGAGGAAACCAACGCACGACUUUCUGUCACUCUACAGUAAUUCAACUGCCCAACAAGAUCCAAGGCCAUCUUCUCAAGGAAGUUACCUCAAGACCCAUGAUUUCUUGCAGCCACUAGAACGGCUAGAAACAAAAACCAGUGCCAAGGAAGAAGCCACAGAUGAAAUAUCAUCGGCGGUUCAAAAGCCACCAACUUCAGUUGAACACCUCUUACCUGGAGGAAUUGGGACUUACAGUAUUAGCCACAUUUCAUAUGUCAAUAAUAAUCAAAGGGUUCCGAAACCAGAGUCUUCCCUUUUCGUGCGUCAAGCAACUAGUACGGAUAGGAAUGAUGACAACUCCAACUGCAGUUCAUAUACUUCAAGUGGUUUCACUUUGUGGGAAGAGUCAUCGGGGAAAAGGGGAAAGACAGGAAAGGAGAAUAAUGCGGGCGAGAAACCCACUCUAGGAGAGUCUGCGGCAAAACUAGGGCAGUGGACAUCAACGGAGCGGACUUCACAGUCGUUUUCUAACAACCGUCACAGCAGCUUCAGCUCUCGCUCUUCAUCUCAGACAACUGGACAGAAAAACCAGAGUUUUAUUGAAAUGAUGAAGUCUGCAAGGGAUAGUGCCCCGGAUGAAGUGCUAGAAAACGAAGAAACAUUUUUUCUUAAGAAAGAACCCUCCAAUACCCAAAGAGAAUUGAGGGUGAAAGUGGAUGGGAAGAGUACUGAUCAAAAGCCAAACACACCGAGAUCAAAACACUCCGCGACAGAGCAGCGGAGAAGGAGCAAAAUUAAUGACAGAUUUCAAAUGCUACGAGAGCUUAUUCCGCACAGUGACCAAAAGAGGGACAAAGCAUCAUUUUUAUUAGAGGUCAUUGAGUAUAUUCAUUUUUUACAAGAAAAGGUGCAUAAGUAUGAAGGUUCAUUUCAAGGGUGGAGUAACGAGCCAGAAAAAUUAAUGCCUUGGCAGAGAAAUAAUGACAAGCCAGCAGAAAAUUUUCAACCUCGUGCAACCGACAAUGGGUCAAGUCCAUCUCCAACACUGUUGUUUGCUUCAAAAGUUGACGAGAAAAAUAUCACCAUCUCCCCAACAAUUCCUGGGAGUACCCAGAACCUAGAAUCUGGCUUGAGCACAGCAACUACAUCCAAAACAAUGGAUCAUCAGGCUGGAAUCAUGAACAACAAGGCUUUUCCAAUUCCUAUUCCUUCACAGCUAAAUUUUUUCACUCCAACCCAAAUUGGUGGUCCAGGUGGAGCUGUGCCUCAGCUCACACAUAGAUCGGCAUCUGAUGCUGUGAACACCAAAUAUCAACCUUCAGUGGAAUGUCAGACUAUGGCUGCUACCAAUGAAAAGCUGAAAGAGAAAGAGCUUACUAUUGAAGGUGGUGCCAUUAGCAUAUCAAGUGUGUACUCAAAAGGGUUGUUGCAUACGCUUACUCAUGCAUUGCAAAGUUCAGGGGUGGAUUUGUCACAGGCUAGCAUCUCAGUGCAAAUUGAACUUGGUAAACAAGCUAACAUCAGACCAACUGUACCAGUGUCAAUGUGUGGUGCUAAGGAUGGUGAAGUACAUUCUAACAAUCAAAAGAUGAUGCGCUCUAGAGUUGCCAGCUCUGGGAAGUCUGACCAAGCAGUUAAGAAGCUAAAGACAUGCAGAAGUUAAUUCGACCUUUAUAUUCAUUCUUUCCUUAUUAUAAUUUUUAUUUUAAUUAAUUAUUUGGGGUAACUUCUUAAAAUUAAUUUUUGGAAUUCUGCUGGCUUAUUACCCAGCGAAGGCGAGAUCGACUGUACAUUCAGUGUCUUUUUAGUUUGUUGGGAAUCGUUAGGCUCACCCCAACAAAAUAAUAUGAAUUAUUUUAGUUUCUAAAUCAUAUAAAUAUAAAGGCUUCCAUACUAAUUGAGAAGCUAUUUUUUAACCAAAGGCUUCUAUUCAUGUAAAGUUUGUAAACUCUCGCUCCUUUAUUGCUGCAUAUUGUUUAACA